GGAAGAAGAAACCCAGGCGCUCCUUUUGCGCCUCCUCCUCCUCUUCUUUUUCCAAGCCCCCCUCAGAGCCUCCAAGGGGUCUGCCUGAACCCGCCCACCGCUUGGGAAGGGGGCUGGCUCGGGCCAGACCCCCCCCUCCUCCCUAGAGCUUGAAAUACGGGGGAGGGGCGAGGGAGAGAGGGAGUGGGAGGGAGGAGGCAAGGCAGGCGAGCGGGCGGGAGGCGGACUGAAGCGCUGGAGCCAGAGCCUCCCCGACGGCCCCCACCCGCGGAUAAAGAGGCAGCUCCCGGCUCCGGACGAGCCCCGGGGCUCUCUCUCGGCCUGAGCGGGAGACUCCAGAGCAGCCUCCGAGAGAGCUGCAUCACAAUCUGCAAAAAUUCUUUGCUGCAAAGAAACCGAAGUGAUGUCAGCAGAGGAGGAUGCUGGUGGGGAAGUACCCAGUGGCAGUUUCUGGGAGCCUGGCAACUACAAGAAGACAGUGAAGCGAGUGGAUGAUGGGAACCGGCUGUGUAACGACCUUGUCUCCUGCUUCCAAGAGAGAGCCAAAAUCGAGAAGAACUAUGCACAGCAGCUAACAGACUGGUCUCGCAAGUGGAGGAGUGCUGUAGAGAAGGGCCCUCAGUAUGGCACUCUCGAAAAAGCUUGGCAUGCGUUCCUGACUGCUGCAGACAAACUUAGUGAGAUCCACCUAGAAGUCCGGAACCAUCUGGCUGGUGUAGACUCGGACAAAGUAAAGGCAUGGCAAAAGGAAGCCUUCCAUAAGCAGAUGAUGGGUGGCUUCAAAGAGACAAAGGAAGCAGAGGAUGGAUUUCGUAAGGCCCAGAAGCCCUGGGUGAAAAAACUAAAAGAUGUGGAAAUGGCAAAAAAGAAUUACCACACUGCUCGGAAAGAGGAGAAGACUGCACAGACAAGAGAGAAUCAUGCCAAAGCAGAUUCUUCUCUGUCACAAGAGCAGGCACGUAAACUGCAGGACCGAGUGGAGAAAUGUACACAAGAAGCCGAGAAGUGCAAAGACCUAUAUGAGAAGAUGCUGGAGGAGCUGAACCGCUACAAUCCUCGCUACAUGGAGGACAUGGAGCAGGUCUUUGAGAGCUGCCAGGAUGCUGAGUGCAAACGCUUGUGCUUCUUCAAAGAGAUGUUAUUGGACCUGCACAAUCAUCUUAACCUGUCCACCAAUGAAAGCUUCCAUGCACUUUACCGGGAUUUGCAUCAGGGUAUAAUGAGUGCAGAUGACCAAGAGGAUCUGAAGUGGUGGCGUAAUACCUAUGGGCCAGGCAUGGCUAUGAACUGGCCUCAGUUUGAGGAGUGGUCUUUAGAGACACAGCGGCCAAUCAGCAAGAAAGAGAAAAGUGGCAAGAGUGCAGAAGAUGUGACUUUGACCAGCAUUGUACCUGCAGGAGACGAUGCGAAACAGAGCCCUCCACCAACAAAGCAAAGGUUUUCAUACCAAGAGGAACAAAACAACCACCUCUAUGACACCCUGAGAGCCUCAGCUUGUAUGAAUGGAGGGAAAGAAGAAAUCGCAGAGUGGUCAGAUGAGGACACUCCCAAGAAGUGCCUGGACGUUAAUGGCCAUGAGGACAUAAAGGUACCAGGCGUGCGGGUGCGAGCCCUGUAUGAUUAUACAGGACAAGAGGCUGAUGAGCUGAGCUUUAAAGCAGGAGAAGAGCUCAUGAAGAUCAGUGAAGAGGACGAACAGGGAUGGUGCAAAGGGCGGCUUCUGACUGGCCAAGUUGGACUAUAUCCUGCUAAUUAUGUUGAGAAGGUCGUUUCAUGAUUGCUUCCCCACUCCCCCAUAACGACCUUAAGGUGUGUAGCCUGUGUGCAAUUUCUCCAGAGGUCACCAAAUCAUUGGCCUCUAACUUGCAUCAAAAAACCAUGUGCAAAAAUUUGGACCUUUUUUGCGGUCAUUCUUUUCUUGUAACAUGUACUUCAUUUUAAAUAUCUAGAAAUAUGGUGAUCUUUUUUUCUAAUAAAGUAUAUAAAAAUG